GCCCGGGGGCGCUGCAGUGCUGUUCCGGCACCUGACGCGCGCUCCGGCGGCUCCUCACAGCCCGCGUUCUGGCGCCCGCGCCUCAGAUCCUGCGCUGAAAGUAGGGCUCAGCUGGGAGGCCGGGCGCGCCUCCAGGCAGGAGGCGGGCUGGGGUCUCGCUCAGCUGACCAGGCUGGGCUGAGCUUGUGAUCCUCCUGCAUCAGUCUCCCAGAGAACCGGAAUUACAGUUCAUUAAAUAUAACUACGGAAUACAGGCAAGAUGUUCUACACCCAUGUGCUUAUGAGUAGGCGAGGACCACUGGCCAAAAUAUGGCUAGCAGCUCACUGGGAGAAGAAACUCACAAAGGCACAUGUAUUUGAAUGUAAUCUAGAGAUAACUAUAGAAAAAAUUAUUUCACCUAAGGUGAAAAUUGCACUUCGAACUUCAGGACACCUUCUUCUGGGAAUUGUUCGAAUCUAUGAUAGGAAGGCAAAAUAUCUUUUGGCAGACUGCAGUGAAGCAUUUCUUAAAAUGAAGAUGACCUUCCGCCCAGGACUGGUGGACCUCCCAAAAGAGAGUUUUGAAGCAACUUACAAUGCUAUUACAUUACCAGAAGAAUUUUAUGAUUUUGACACCCAUAAUAUAAAUGUGAUUGAUAUUUCAGAGCACUUCACUCAGAACCAAAGCAGACCUGAAGAAAUUACACUUAGAGAACAAUAUGGCAAUGAUCUACUUUUCUCAACAGAGAACUUAGGGGAAGAAUCUGAAAUUUUCAGAAGACAUAGUUUCUUUGAUGACAACGUAUUAGUGAAUUCCAGUGGUCAUUUCAUUGAACAUAGUCCUACAAGUCUCAUUGAAGAAAAGUCUUUGUUCUGUGACAGUGGAGAUGGAUUUGGAGAUGAAGGAUCUGCAGGAGAAAUGAUUGACAAUCUACUGCAAGAUGAUGUGAAUAUCCUGUUAGGAGACAUGCAUUUAAAGGGAGAAGUUUCCUUGCCUUUUGAGCUUCCCAGUGCAAUCAUGGAACCAGAUAAUCCAGAUGGUGUAUGUCUACCUGAAAAUGAAAAACUGGAUGAAACAGUAUUAUUAUCAAAUGAAGAGGGAGGAUUUGCUCUUGAGCCAGUUGACGUUUCAGACAUUGUUGAGAAAAGGAAAAGCAAAAAGAGGAGAUUGCUUAUAGAUCCAGUCAAAGAAAUCAGUAGCAAAACUAUGCAUAAACAGCUCACUUCCUUUUCGGACACACUCAUGGUUUUAGAACUUGCCCCUCCUACCCAAAGAUUAAUGAUGUGGAAGAAGAGGGGAGGAGUGCAUACACUUCUGUCUACUGCUGCCCAGGAUUUGAUUCAUGGUGAACUGAAAGUGUUGUUUACAAAAUGCUUUCUGUCUUCUGGCUUUAAACCUGGAGGAAAAUUGAUACAGAAGGAGUCAGUAAGGGAAGAACUGGGAAAACAAAAUGUUGUAGAGAUCUCCGUGAUGGAAGAGCCAAAUUCUCAGCAACGGUUAAGUCAACCCCAGAUUUGGAAGGAUGUGAUUGAUGAAUUUAAGAAUAGCUCUAAUGAGGAUAUCAAUAAAAAUAGUAACUCUGAGCAGGAUAUUAUGGAAAUGAUUCCUUCAGCUGCUGAAGAAUCAUCUAUAAAGAAUGCUUUCUUGGCCCAAGAAUAUUGUCCAGUUGAAUUGGAGUCAUCGGGGAGUGAACAAAAUAGUGAAGCUGAGAGAUGGAAUCAAAGAUUAUUUCAGGUGUUAAAUAGUUUACGGGAAUCUAAUAAGAUGGGAAUGCAGUCCUUUAGUCUGAAGAAGCUCUGCAGAGAUAGUGACCGAAAACAAGCUGCUGCCAAAUUUUAUAGCUUUCUCAUCCUAAAAAAACAGCAGGUUAUUGAGCUGAGUCAGAGUGUUCCCUAUGCAGACAUUAUAGCUACAGUGGGACCAAUGUUCCAUAAAAUGUGAAGGAAAUACAGAACAUACUGCAGGUGUAUACUAUCACUGGCAUUUCUAUAUAGAUUAUUCAGUUUAAUGCAGAAGCCUUCUGGGAGCAGCUAAAGGUCUGAUCUGUUUCACAGAUAGGCUGAGCUCCUGUCCCUCUGUGUUCAGAAUAAUCAUAGCCAGAAUUAGAAACCUACCUGCUUACAGAAAUAUUAAUUAUAGCUGGGUAAUAUUUUAAACUUAGCUGAUUUGAAUGUAUAGUAUUUGUUAUUUCCCUGGCUUGAAUGUAACAUUUAGAAUACAUUUUUAAAACAUUAUCUGCCUUCAAGAGACAUUCAGGGAUGUUUUUAAAUGGCUAUUUUACAUUGGAUUAUUUAUGCAAAUGUUACAGGGUUAGUGAAUGUUAAUAUUUAUUUCUUGACAAUAAAUUAUUUAAUUUUAAUGUAUGUCAUCUUUGAUAUGACCUAGUGUUACAGGUUUUCAUCUAAUAUCUUAAUUAGAGAAUUAUAAAAUUCAUCUUUGUUUUAAAUCACCUGCCUAGCUUUUAGCCUAUUUAUAGGUCAUUUAAAUCUUUUAUUUACUAUUUAAUAUAUUAAAUUAUCUUUACCAUUUAAUAGAUUAUUGUAACCACCAUUAAUGUCUCAACAAAACUAAAUAUUUCUUACAUUAAAAAAUUAGUAGAUACUUGUGCAGCAUGUUAUCUACAGCUAUAACUUGAGUUAAAAUUGCUGAAACAAGUGUUCUUGUACUUGGUAUUUACUGAGCAUUUUGACAUUAAAACCAUUGCUUUUUCUCUUAGUUGAAUUUGAAUUAGAUUUUCAUAUAUGCUUUGUGAACUCCAUUGUACACUAUAAAAUGAAGCCUUUAAAACAUUGUAUUUGAAAUUAUAUAUAUAACUAAAUUCUAAAUAACCUCUAUGAAUACAUUGACUAUAAGACAUAAACACCAAAAUUGCUUUCUGAAGUUUAUUUUUAAAAUUAACGUGCAAAAAAAUGACUUCUUAAUUUUGGUGCACAGUUCUCUAAAUUUUAGCAUAUACAUAGUUUCCUAGAACCAUUACCACAAUCAGGAUACAAACGGUAACAGCAUCCUAAAAAUCUGUGUUAUACCUUUGUAGUUAGACCUUUCUCCCGUGCUGAUCUCUGGCAGCCACUCUUCUCCAUGACUACACUUUUGUCUUUUUGAUAAAGUUAUAUAAAUGGAAUUGUAUAACAUGUAACUUUUUGAGAGCGGUUUCUUUCGCUCAAUAUAACAUCUUUAAUAUUCACCCGUGGUCGGAUAGUUUGUUCCUUUUCUUGCUGAUCAGGAUUCUGUUGCUAGAUAUACCACAGUUUUAUUUAUGCAUUUAUCCAUUGAAAGACAUUUAGAAUGUUUUCAGUUGUGUUAAUUAUAAAUAGAACUACAUAUCUUUGUGUACAGUUUUUGUGUGAAUAUGUUUUUAUUUCCCUAGGAGUGGGAUUGCUGGGUCAUAUGUAUGUUUAACUUUGCAAUAAAUU